AUGCGAAUGACAAGCACCAAAUCCCGCCGGCGUGGGGGUGUCUCUGCAGAAGCUAUGCGGGACGAGGAGGAAUGGGUGCCUCCGAGCUACCCGAAGAGCCCAGAGGAGAAGCAACAGCUGCGCCAAGUCAUCGAAAGCUCGCACGAUAGCAAGCUUCGGAUGAUGUUUGGAAAUUUGUCUCCCAAAGGUCUCGAGAAGGUGGUGGAGGCCAUGUUCUGCAAGCUGCUGGCAAAGCGGGAGACCAUCAUCAAGUACGGCGACGAAGGAGACAACUUUUACAUCGUGAGGAAGGGGAGCUUCGACAUCUUCGCCUUCCGGAAGAUCCGCGGCGCUCAGGCUGAGGAGGAGGAUGGUGGCAUGGUCAAGGUCUUCGAGGCGCGCCAGGGAUUUGCCUUCGGCGAGGCGGCGCUGCUCUACAACGCCCCGAGGUCAGCCACAAUCAUAGCGAGAGAGGACUCAGAAGUUUGGUGCCUGGAGAGGAGAGCCUUCCGAGAACUCGUCAUCAGGGCUUCGGAGCAGAAGUUCAAGGAGUACACGGAGUUCCUGAAGCACUGCGACGUGCUGCAAGAGCUGGAUGUGGAGAGCAGAUCGCCACCCUCGCAGAGGUGGUGGAUGAGGAAGACUUCCAGAGUGAGGAGGUCAUCAUUCAGCAAGGGGGGCAUGACAGCAACAUGUUCAUCAUGCUGUCAGGGGAGGCUGUGGCCUGCAUCGCCGGUGAGAAGGGCGAAGUCCAGGUGA